AAUAAAAGCUUGAAUCUCUCUUUGAUCCUCGCACUCUUCAAGGCUCCUGUUCUCCUCGUCCUCCAUAUCUUAAAGCAAGUUAUGGCAACAAGAAGAACCUCUCAAGACACCUCCAAAAGGCACUUCCUUUGGACCAUAAAAGUCGGAGCCGAAGAAAACCAAGUACGGUCGUCCAAGUCCGACGAAGAAGAGACCAACGGAAGAAGAGCAGCUCUUAAAACCCAUGCAGUUUCUUUGCCGACACCGCGGAAGAAGAAGCUUCCUUCAGCCGCCUCGGUUUCCAUCGCCAGGCUUCGAUCCGUCGUGUCGGAUUUUCGGAGGAGCCGUUCGGGGCUGCUGUUCGGCCUCGGUUCACGAGUGGUCGGCACUCUCUUCGGUUACCGCCGUGGACACGUCCGUUUCGCUUUGCAGAGAGAACCCAAUUCCCCACCGGCGUUCCUCGUCGAACUCGCCUCGCCGAUAAGCGGCCUGGUUCGAGAAAUGGCGUCUGGGUCGGUCAGGAUCGCCCUCGAGUGCGAUAAACGCAGAGAAGGAGAUCGUAACGUGAGAUUACUCGAAGAGACAGUGUGGAGAACUUACUGCAACGGAAAGAAAUGCGGGUUCGCAACCAGGAGAGACGUCGGAGCUAAUGAACGUUCAAUUCUUAAAGCCGUGGAACCAAUCUCCAUGGGAGCCGGAGUUCUACCGGCGACCGAAGCCGAAGGUGGUGAACUUAUGUACAUGAGAGCUACGUUCGAGAGAAUCGUGGGGUCGAGAGAUUCCGAAGCUUUUUACAUGAUGAAUCCCGACAGCAACGGUGCUCCUGAACUUAGUGUUUAUUUGCUUAGAGUUUGAUGCUUCCGCCAUGGAAGAUCUGAGAGCUAAUCUUCUAGUUUCUGUUCAAGGAUUGCUUUGUAGGGGAGAAAUUGAGUGGGAGGAGGGAAAUUACAUUAUAACAUGUUGAGGACGGUAGGUGGGGGGUCUUAAAGCUGUGUAUAUGUAUAACUUUGUUUUAUUUAGUA